AUGCUGGUGAUGAAGGCUUCUGAUCCGCCACAGGACGGUCACGAGGAGAGUAGAAGAUUCCAGGUGGCCUUCCUUCUUGUUCUCCUGGCGGGGGCGACCUCGUCCGCCUGCCUCGGCGGCAAUUGUGGCGGAGGAUCCUCAGGGAAUUACGGUGGUGGAUCAUCUGGAGGAUACAACGAUGGAUCGUCAUUUGACUUUGACCUUCGAAGUGGACCAUCUGGAAGCUCUGGAUACGGUGGAGGAUCAGGUUCUUCGGGAGGUUACGACUCAGGGGUAAAUAACGGCAACAGGUCUCCAGGCAACACCUUCGGGGGCCACAAAUCGUUCUUCGGCGAUGGUUACACCGGAGGGAACAACGUGGGAGGCUCUGACGGCUACUCUGGAGGAGGGUUCCUUUCUGACAGUGGCUCCAAUGGUUACUCCAGUGGAUCAAGCGGUGGAGGCUCCAACAGCUACUCAGAUGGAGGCUCGAACAGCUACUCAGGUGGAGGCUCCAACAGCUACUCUGGUGGAGGCUCCAAAGGCUAUUCUGGUGGAGGCUCCAACGGCUACUCAGAUGGAGGCUCUAACAGCUAUUCCGGUGGAGUCUCCAACGGCUACUCAGAUGGAGGCUCUAACAGCUACUCCGGUGGAGGCUCUAACAGCUACUCCGGUGGAGGCUCUAACAGCUACUCCGGUGGAGGCUCCGACGGCUACUCCGAUGGAGGCUCCAACAGCUACUCCAGUGGAUCUAAUGGUAGAGGCUCCAACAGCUACUCCAGUGAAGAUUCUAACAGCUAUUCCGGUGGAGGCUCUGAUGGCUACUCCGGUGGAGGCUCCAACAUCUACACCGAUGAAUCUAGCAGUGGAGGAUCCAACAGUUACUCCAAUGGAGGUUCUAACAGUUACUCCAGUGGAGAUUCUAACAGCUACUCCAGCGGAUCAAACGGUGGAGGAUCCAACAGCUACUCCAGUGGAUCAAACGGUGGAGGAUCCAACAGCUACUCCAGUGGAUCAAACGGCAGAGGAUCCAACAGCUACUCCAGCUGGAUCAAACGGUGGAGGAUCCAACAGCUACUCCAGUGGAUCAAACGCUACUCCAGCGGAUCAAACGGUGGAGGAUCCAACAGCUACUCCAGUGGAUCAAACGGUGGAGGAUCCAACAGCUACUCUAAUGAAGGCUCUAACAGUUACUCCAGUGGAGAUUCCAACAGCUACUCCAGCGGAUCAAACGGUGGAGGAUCCAACAGCUACUCCAGUGGAUCAAACGGUGGAGGCUCCAACAGCUACUCCAGUGGAUCAAACGGUGGAGGCUCCAACAGCUACUCAAAUGGAUCAGGAGGCAUCAACCAAGGCUACUUACCUCCACAAGGAAAGUAA